AUGAGAAAACAACUUAGAGAACAAACUCAAGGAGCAAGAUAUAAGUACAUGAAGUCCGUUGAAAAGAGUGAUGAAAAUAAGCACGAAAAACUUUCCGAGUCGGAACAAACCAAAACUGCUGAAGAAUUUCUGCAGAUCACAAAUCCUGAAUUAGAUAAUGAUACAUCAAAUAUAAAUAAUUCGUCAGACCAUCCGAAUCCAUCGAAUUCCAGGGAGAGUUCAUCAUCAGAAAAUUCUACCUUUGAUGAUGAUACAUCAAAUAUAAAUAAUUCGUCAGACCAUCUGGAUCCAUUGAAUUCCAGCGAGAGUUCAUCAUCAGAAAAUUCGACCUUUGAUGAUAGCAGUAAUGAAAUUACUCCAAAUAAUUCAUCUAACAAUGCCGAUUCUUCGAUCUCUGCAGAGAGUGAAGAUUCAAGGAUUUUGGACAAUAUUGGAGACAACAAUCCUAAUAUUAGUAAUAAUGAUGGUGCAGAAAAUAUAAAUAAUGCGGAUCGUUUGUUGAUACCACUUUAUAGAGGAUCAGUUAUGAAUGUAGAACAAAGUAAUUUGAUGAUUUUAUCAUUGCUACUGAAACACAACAUGACACAGUCUUGUAUUUCUGAUGUCAUGGAGGUCGUAAAAUUCCACUGUCCCUCUGAAGACUUACAAAAAAAUAAUUUACAUACUCUUAAUAAAUAUGUCUCCAAAGCUGAACCACUCAAACAUUACUAUUGCGUUAACUGUCUUAAUAAUUUAAUGACUGAAGAUGAAAAGUGCAGUUGUGGUCAUGAAGAGGUUGCAUAUUUUUUGCAAUUAUCUAUUUUUGAUCAGCUACAAGAACUAUUUUGCCGACCGGGUUUUUUUGAACAGCUUCAACAUCGUUUUCAUCGGCAGAAAACAAGUAAUACUUCUGUUGAAGAUAUUUACGAUGGUACUUUAUAUCAAAAAUACUGGAGAAAUGGAUUUUUCGCGAGUCCAUGCAACAUUUCACUUACCUGGUACAUUGAUGGAGUAUCACCAUUCAAAUCUUCCAAAUAUAGCCUAACUCCUUUUUACAUAAGAAUAAAUGAAUUACCCUAUCACAAAAGAAUCUUAAAAGAAAAUACAAUCUUAGCUGGACUUUUGUAUGAAGGAAAACAGCUUUAUAUACACGACCUUAAUGCAUUGAGGACUGUUAAAGCCGUUUUACUCACUGGUACGGCUGAUCUUCCAGCGAAAGCUGCAGUGUUAAACAUGAUGUUAUUUAACGGCGAGUAUGGUUGUGUUGACUGUGAAAACCCCGGUGAAACUUUGAAGCUCAAUACAGGUGGACAUACUCACAUUUAUAAAUAUCAACCGAAUGCACCUCUACGUAGUUUAACAAGUGUCUUACAUUAUGCAGAUGAAUCUGUUGCUUUGAAAAAAGUAAUUAACGGCGUUAAAGGACCUUGCGCUCUGUCUAAAGUCAUGCCUAAUUUUAUUGUUGGUAAUGCAAUUGACUUGAUGCAUUGUAUUUACGAAGGAAAUGCAAAAAAAUUAAUGCAUUUAUGGUUUGAUGUAGAGUAUAGUUCAAGUCCAUUUUCUUUCAGGCAAGUAUUUGAUGUAAUUAAAGACAAAUUUAAAAAUAUCCAAGUUCCACGGUUCGUUCAUCGAUUCAAUACUAUUGAUAAUUUUGCCACCUGGAAAGCAUCAGAAUUUAAAAAUUGGUUCUUUUAUUACUCGGUUCCUAUUUUAUCAGAUAUAAUGACACUUGAUGAUAAAGUAAAAUCAUUGGGACCAUUGUGGUCCCAUUCAUGCUUUUCAUUGGAAAAUUUAAAUGGCUUAAUGAUAAAGAUAUGCAUGGUACAACCAAUGCAGAUUCACAAAUUGUUAAUUCACAUUGGCAAAAUUUAUUGUUACAUUCUCGAGUACAAAGAUUACCUGAUGGUACAAUGCGUGAUUUUGCUAAAAGGAAAAAAAACAAAAAUCUUCGAUAAAUUCAGUACAGUUGGUACUUACUCAAAAUUUGACUUGGAUAAAGACAAUGUUGUAACAAGAAGUUUAAAUAACGGGAACAUUCGAGGUGUUUAUGGUUUAGAAUAUUUUAGAUUAUUAUUAAAUGGUACAUUUUUUAUAUCAAAAAAUUAUAAAGAAACAUUAAAAAAUAAUUCUUCUUAUGUAGCAUUUAAAUACUUGAAUGAAAAACGUUUUGGUCUUCUUCAUUCUUUUAUAAAAAUUAUUGAUAAAAUAUGCGAUUGUCAAAAAAGUAGUAAUAAAAAAUUUAUUGCAGAAUUGGUUAAUCAUUAUGAAAAUGAAUGA